UCGGGGGUGCGUUCACGUCGCCCCUCGGCCUCGGCAGAAAUUCGGGCUGCGGAGUUUUGGGGAGCUGACGGGGAAAUGGGAGGGCUGGAGAUGCGAUGGCGUGAAUUUGGUUUCCAAAGAGAUCGUGGGUGCCCGUGUUUUGAUCAAUUUUUCUUCCCGCUGGAGAAAGUGAAAUCGCUUCAGUAAAAAAAAAAAAAAAAAAAAAAAAAACCGUGCAAAAUCUUUUCAGUACUUAAAGGAGACUUACAAAAAUGAUGAAGGGCAACUCUUCGCUCAGAUUACAACAGGACAAGGGGGAAUAGCUGUAAACUAAAAUAGGAGAGAUUUAGAUUAGGUGUUAGGAGGAAGUUUUUUACUCACAGGGUGGUGAGGCACUGGCACAGGCUGCCCAGAAGCUGUGGGUGCCCCAUCCCUGGAGGUGUUCAAGGCCAGGCUGGAUGGGGCUUUGGGCAACCUGGUCUGGUGGGAGGUGUCCCUGCCCAUGGCAGGUGGGCUGGAACUGGGUGGUCUUUAACGUCCCUUCCAACCCAAGCCAUUCUAUGAAUCUAUAGUUCCUUCUACUCGAAAUAUUUUAAGUCUUUUAUUACGUAUUUGUGUUCAUUACAGUUUUAAUGAGAUCAAGUGACAUAAGCUGCUGUAUUAGAAUAAAACAAUGCUAUUUUACAAAAACAAAACAAAACAAAACAAAACACAAACGUCAUUGAUGCAGCUGCUACCUAGCACCUCUGUGUGCAGUCAACAAAUAACCCCAAGAAAUGCCGAACAUUCUCAGCCCGGCUCCCUACUCCUUUUCCACACCGAAUAAUCCUUUACUACUCCAAGUUCUGCCACUUUCUCUCCUUCUCCUGAAUACAUGUGUCAGGACUAGUUUCUCCAAGGGCAAUUUUAACAACGUACGUAGGCAUUCACAGGAUCAAGGCCCAGGCGAUACAGUAAGAAGCACUAAGCAACUUUCUAAAUUAAAAAAGAAAAAAAAAAGUGACGUGCCCCGCCGAGCUACUCAGGCGCUCCGACGCCACCUCGCUCUCCACGCCGCGAUCAGGCAGCGCCGCGGCCACCCCAAAGCCGGGGUCCUUCCAGCGCCUAAAGCCCUGCCGCGCAGGCGGGCGGCUUAAGGCGGCCCUGCGCAUGCGCCCGCCCUCUCUCUUCCGGCGCUGAAGAUGGCGGACAAGGAAGCAAAGAAGGUGCCUUCUGUACCGGAAAGCCUCCUGAAGAGGCGGCAGGCUUACGCAGCUGCAAAAGCGAAACGUCUGAAGAGGCUGUUAGCUCAAAAAAAGUUUCGUAAGGCGCAAAGAAAAGUCAUCUAUGAAAGAGCCAAAGCUUACCACAAGGAGUACAGGCACAUGUAUAGGCAGGAGAUCCGCAUGGCCAGGAUGGCCCGAAAAGCCGGCAAUUACUACGUUCCAGCUGAACCCAAGCUUGCCUUUGUGAUCAGGAUAAGAGGCAUCAAUGGUGUCAGCCCCAAGGUCCGUAAGGUGUUGCAGCUUCUUCGCCUGCGUCAGAUUUUUAAUGGCACAUUCGUCAAGCUCAACAAAGCUUCUAUCAACAUGUUGCGGAUUGUUGAACCCUAUAUCGCAUGGGGUUAUCCAAACCUGAAGUCUGUGCAUGAGCUGAUCUACAAGCGUGGUUAUGGCAAGAUCAACAAGAAGCGCAUUGCUCUGACUGAUAAUUCCCUGAUUCGGAAAUGCCUUGGAAAACUUGGCAUCAUCUGCAUGGAAGAUGUGAUCCAUGAGAUUUACACUGUUGGCAAGAACUUCAAAGUUGUGAACAACUUCCUUUGGCCCUUCAAGUUAUCCUCUCCUCGGGGUGGAAUGAAGAAGAAAACAAUCCACUUUGUGGAGGGUGGAGAUGCUGGUAACAGAGAAGAUCAGAUAAACAGACUCAUAAGGAGAAUGAACUAAAGAUUCAGAUGUCCAGCUGCAGUCUUUCAAAAUCUGGUCUGUUAAUAAAAUCACCUUGCACAAAA